AUGUUGGUAGUGGAUACUUCGACUGGAAGGACCCGGUCUGGGAAGCAACAGGCCCAGACCGGACCUAGACAUUUGCCCUUUCAGCGGUGCUGGAUACUUCGACUGGAAGGACCCGGUCUGGGAAGCAACAGGCCCAGACCAGGACCUAGACAUUUGCCCUUUCAGCGGUGCUGGAGAAACAUUUGUCAUGUUGGUAGUGAAUACUUCGAGUGGAAGGACCCGGUCUGGGAAGCAACAGGCUCAGACCGGGACCUAGAAAUUUGCCCUUUCAGCGGUGCUGGAGAAACAUUUGCCAUGUUGCGGUGCUGGAGAAACAUUUGUCAUGUUGGUAGUGAAUACUUCGAGUGGAAGGACCCGGUCUGGGAAGCAACAGGCCCAGACCGGGACCUAGACAAUUGCCCUUUCAGCGGUGCUGGAGAAACAUUUGCCAUGUUGGUAGUACUUCGAGUGGAAGGACCUGGUCUGGGAAGCAACAGGCCCAGACCGGGACCUAGACAUUUGCCCUUUCAGCGGUGCUGGAGAAACAUUUGCCAUGUUGGUAGUGGAUACUUCGACUGGAAGGACCCGGUCUGGGAAGCAACAGGCCCAGACCGGGACCUAGACAUUUGCCCUUUCAGCGGUGCUGGAGAAACAUUUGCCAUGUUGGUAGUACUUCGAGUGGAAGGACCCGGUCUGGGAAGCAACAGGCCCAGACCGGGACCUAGACAUUUGCCCUUUCAGCGGUGCUGGAUACUUCGACUGGAAGGACCCGGUCUGGGAAGCAACAGGCCCAGACCGGGACCUAGACAUUUGCCCUUUCAGCGGUGCUGGAGAAACAUUUGCCAUGUUGGUAGUGGAUACUUCGAGUGGAAGGACCCGGUCUGGGAAGCAACAGGCCCAGACCGGGACCUAGACAUUUGCCCUUUCAGCGGUGCUGGAGAAACAUUUGCCAUGUUGGUAGUGGAUACUUCGAGUGGAAGGAGAAACAUUUGCCAUGUUGGUAGUGGAUACUUCGAGUGGAAGGACCCGGUCUGGGAAGCAACAGGCCCAGACCGGGACCUAGACAUUUGCCCUUUCAGCGGUGCUGGAGAAACAUUUGCCAUGUUGGUAGUGGAUACUUCGACUGGAAGGACCCGGUCUGGGAAGCAACAGGCCCAGACCGGGACCUAGACAUUUGCCCUUUCAGCGGUGCUGGAGAAACAUUUGCCAUGUUGGUAGUGGAUACUUCGACUGGAAGGACCCGGUCUGGGAAGCAACAGGCCCAGACCGGGACCUAGACAUUUGCCCUUUCAGCGGUGCUGGAGAAACAUUUGCCAUGUUGGUAGUGGAUACUUCGAGUGGAAGGACCCGGUCUGGGAAGCAACAGGCCCAGACCGGGACCUAGACAUUUGCCCUUUCAGCGGUGCUGGAGAAACAUUUGCCAUGUUGGUAGUGGAUACUUCGACUGGAAGGACCCGGUCUGGGAAGCAACAGGCCCAGACCGGGACCUAGACAUUUGCCCUUUCAGCGGUGCUGGAGAAACAUUUGCCAUGUUGGUAGUACUUCGAGUGGAAGGACCCGGUCUGGGAAGCAACAGGCCCAGACCGGGACCUAGACAUUUGCCCUUUCAGCGGUGCUGGAGAAACAUUUGCCAUGUUAGUGGAAGGUCCCGGUCUGGGAAGCAACAGGCCCAGACCGGGACCUAGACAUUUGCCCUUUCAGCGGUGCUGGAGAAACAUUUGUCAUGUUGGUAGUACUUCGAGUGCAAGGACCCGGUCUGGG